AUGGAUAUAUCGGCCUCCAUGGUUUCUCAUCACGCCCCCCACAAUGCACCUUGCUUUGUUGAUGACGUAUUUGCAGUAUUGCGUGAAGGUGUUGGGAACGACGGUGAACUCACAAAUGCCAGUUUGACUCUGUUUGGAAUCUGCACAGUGUCUGACAAUUCAGCAGGCUCGGUCUUAUUAAAGCUCUCCAACGAAACAAGCAGAAACCAGAGAAACGGAUUGGAGGUUUUGCAUCCGACUGGAGUGCUUGUGGCAGAGGAAGACAACAGGGAAACACUCAAGUUGACCUUUGACCUCCCACCGUCUCCCUUGCUCAAGCAGAGCCCUGUGCUGCUCCUGGCAUUUGAGAGUCCAUUCAAAGGAGGAGACCUGGACGUCACUUUCACCAGUCAGUCUCUGCAGCCUAACAAACAGUCUGCGUGCAUUUCAGGAGAAACACAGUACAUACUACUGACAGGAAAAGCAUCAGAGGGCACUGUUCACCAGCAAUGGAGAAUUUCUGUUGAGACAAAUUCCCCUGUUAUGAAGAAGAGCCUAAAAGACCUCCUCAUUGGUGAAAAAACAGGAUGUAAAAUCAGCAUAACUCUACUUCUGCUUUUCUCUGGGGGAACGAGACCUGAUACAAGACAAACACACGUUUCAGGUUCAUCUCUGGCCUCUUCACAGACCUUCUCCUUCCUCUGUGAGCUGAAACGGUUCCUAGGUGACGUCCUGCCUCAGCACCACCCUGAGUCCCCUCCAUUCCAGCUGGAGUCCUUACCCUCCAUGCCACCCCUGUCACUGGGCUUAUCCUCCAGUGAGACCCUGCUUGCAGGACUGAUCAACUCCUCUUUCCUUACCGUCUUCUCCUUCGCUAGAUGGGGCUCCAUUUCUCAGGUGCAUCCUGGACAGCUGGCCAUGUCUCCUGCACUGGUGGAGGAGGUCAGGCAGAGAUUGGGGCAGAUUGGGAUGCAGAUAAUGGAAGUAAUAAGGGAGAAGGAGGUGGGUCACAGGGCCACAGAGAGGCUGGAGAGGCUUCAAGAAUUCAGUGCAUUACCGACAAUGGAACAGGCAGCAGGACAGAGCCAGUACUGUGCGUUUCUUCUGCUGAAGGCCCUGCAGACAGUGGCCCGUGAGUACGAGCUGCAGAGAGGACUGCGAGCCACCAGAGCGGACACCAAUAACCCGGUGAGGGGCAGUGUCUGCAGUGUGAGAAGCCUCACCGUCAACCUUGAAAGGCGUCUUGUUGGUCCAAGCGCUGCCAACAUCAAAAACUGCCAUGGCUCUUGUGCUUUCCCCCUGACCAAUGCAAACGACCAUGUCGUGCUGCUCCACUUCCACAUUGAGAGUGGGAAUAUGAAUGAGCGGGCUCCGUGCUGUGUGCCUGUUGCCUAUGAACCCCUUGAGGUGGUGGGUUUGAAUGAACAUGGGACUUACCUCUCCAUGAUACCAGAUAUGGUAGCAAAGGAGUGUGGAUGCCGCUGAAGCUGUUUUC